AUGAACCCAGUUGCAGCAUUGUACAGUGAAAUAAAUUACAAGUUUAUAUGUUUUAUAUUAAUCUGUUAUUUUAUUGCAUUUAAAAUACAGAAUGAAGACAAUAUAGACCUAAAUCAAACAUACAGUUCUUCACUUUCUACGUCGUCAGAAUAUUCAACUUCUGUUGACUCUUCUCUCUUAUAUGCACCAUGGUCUACAUAUGGAGAUGAUAUUAAACAAUCUGCUGUUUCUCAGAUUAGUGUAAAGAACAGGAUUCAAACUGAGAGAAAUGAUUACGGCAGUGAAACAGACUUAUAUGGACUUGUAUCUAACAUCUUGGAAGAACAAGAUAAAUCACAGCCAUAUUUUGCUGAGGGACCAAUUAAAACUCGUAGUGGGCCUGCCAGUGAACUUCAUAUUAGACUGGAAGAAUGUUAUGAACAAUGGAGAGCAUUGGAAAAGGAAAGAAAAAAGACUGAAUCUGCUCUUGCCAAGAACUACCCAGGGAAAAAGGUUUCCAGUACUAACAACACUCCAAUUCCAAGGUUGACAUCAAACCCAUCAAGAGUUGAUCGCUUAAUUGUGGAUCAGCUACGUGAACAAGCCAGAGUGGUGACUUUACUUGGAAAAAUGGAACGUCUUCGCAGUUCUCCCCUUCAUGCUAAUAUCUCCACUGCUCUUGAUAAACAUCUGGAGGUAAUUCAUAUAGUGCAGUCACGUAGAAAGGAUGAAAUUAUAAAUGCUUCAAAUCGGCAAAGGCAAGGAGCUCCGAGAUGCCAAGAUGACAGAGAUGUUUUUGCCCUCGCUUUGGCAAUUAAAGAGAUGAGUGUAGCAACACGCAAAGCACGUACUACCCUUUGGUGUGCACUUCAGAUGACCUUACCAAAAACUACCACUAUAGCUGGACAAGUAGAUGUGGAGAAAGCUUUUCAGGAGAUGGUACAGUCUGAAGAUAAAGCAUGUGAAAAUAUGAACAGCAGCAACCUCUUGAAUCAGAGAGGUGAAACAAACAAACAAACACUAAUGAAAUGUUAACCCAUACAAGAGUAAAAUUUGCAGUGUGGGUUUGGCAAGACACAGUGUACUGUGAGUAUUUUAAAUGAACUCUUAAAGCUUGACAAAUUAAUUGAUUUUCUUCCAAAUUUAAAGUUAAUACCUGAAUGAAGCAAGUUCAGCUUCUCCAAAAAAAAAAAAAAAAGGUCCAAUUUCUAACUAAUUGGAGACUAACAACCAGACUAACCCACUGAACUAACAGGUUAUAUUAGCAGCUUCAGCAAUACAUUAACUUGUCAGAUUUGUUAGUUUAAGUAAUGUGAUUAUUUUAACUGCCACUCUGCAGUGCAGGUAAGCACAGUGUGAAAUUCUUCUAAGUGAUAAGUUUCUUUUAGGUUUGCCUUAGUAAACAUGUUUUCAAAUAAUGAAUCUGUGACUGUAACCCACCAUAGGCUGCAGUCUAGUAACAGACAAGUUUUGAUUGUGAUGUAAAAAUGUUUUCCUUGUCAAACUAAUACCUGGAAACAGGAGGAAAGCAAUGCUAAACAUACCCAGUAUUAAUGUAAAAAUUAAAUAUUUAAAAUAUUGACAUAUUUAUGAAUUUGAAAUUUUAGAAUCUAAAUUUAUGAAAGGAAAUGCACCAGAUUCUCCUAAAUUAGUGAUAUUAUAAAACUGCCAUUGUGAAACCAUGCAAUGUAGUGAAGGUAAAACUUGUUCAAAUCAUUUGUGCAUAUUCUUUAAAAAAAUUAUAUCUCUGUUUUAAAAUAUUUAAGUGUAAUCAAAACAUUACAUUUACACAAUCUGAAUCUUAAAAAGCUGCAAAGCAGCUGAAAUAAUGAGUAUUGUUCUUAUACCCUUGGUUUAAUACUUUUAAAGGGGGUAUCACGAGGUUCUGAAAUGUAUUUUUUUUUAAAGUUACUCUUUAGCUAGUUUGGUUUGAGAUUGGUUAGCAUAUCUUUUGUUAAAUGUAUUAGUUUGCUUCUGUAUUUUUGAAAGCUAUUGAAUGCUUGGCUUUUUCUGUGUUCCUUAUCUCAAUAUCUUUGUAUUGAAUGUGAAUAAUUUAUUCAUUAAUAUGAAAUAUUGAUAUUAUGUGGCUCAGGAGAUCUUGGGUUUUAACAAUUCUAGCAUGGAGUUAAACUAUAAUGUGUGGAUUAAAUUUAUUGAGCUAUCCUUGGCUAGAUACACUGAUACUUUAAAUAUCUGUGUUCUUCUUAGUUUUAGAAAUCCUGGUAUGCAAAAAGUGUAAUCACACCACAUAAAUUGUCUUUGGAUGAUGUGAGAGAGAAACUGAUUGAGAACGCAGGAUAAACUGUAGUAGAACUAUUUUGAUCAUUGAUAUGACUUACAGUACUGCCAAAAUUAAUUGCAUAGGGGCAGCAAAAUAUAAUACAACAUCAUACCACAGUAGUCACUGCACAAAGACUGGUUAAGUUUGACGUAAGACAUGUUGGAUGUUAUGAAAACCAAUAUUGUACUGAAUUUAGUCUGGUAAGAAAUAAAGUAGCUUUCGUUGAAAA